AUGGAGCGCGAUUUCCAUCACCCGUUCCAGCCGUAUGCGAUCCAGAUGGAGUUUAUGAAUGCGCUUUAUGAGUGCAUUGAGCAGGGGAAGGUUGGGAUUUUCGAGUCGCCUACUGGAACGGGUAAAUCGCUGAGUUUGAUCUGCGGCUCUUUGACUUGGCUGCGUGAUCAUAAGCGCAAGACUUUUGAAGAGGGCCUGUUCAAUGAGACUGCUGAUGAUGACGAGCCAGAGUGGAUGCUGGAAGCGGCUCGAGAAGAAAAACGCAGAGCAGCCCUCCAGCAAGGAGCAGAUUUGGAAGAGCGGCUGGCGAAAAUCAGAGCAAAAGAGCGCAAGCUGAAGGAGUGGUAUGAGAGCGGAGAGCCGCAUCACAAGAGACAGGAAGCGGAUGAAGCGCGUUUCCUGCUAGAAGAUUACGAGAGUGAUGAUGACACAGAGACCAAGAAGCGAAGCCAAGGGGCCUCGGAUCUUGGCUUGUCUGCGGAGACGGAGGCUCUGAUGAAGAAGCUAGGACUGCCGUUGGGAAAAAGCAGUGCUGAGGAAGACACGGAGGCUGUGGACGAGCUGAAGGUCUUUUACUGCUCUAGGACUCAUUCGCAGCUGACGCAAUUCUCCAACGAACUCAGGCGUGUCAAGAUUCCGCCGGCCAUCUCAGCACGCCCAGCGGACCGUGCACGAAGCACCAGUGCACCAGAAAUUGAAGUCGAGGUCGAGCAAGAGUUCAAACACCUCACACUUGGGUCGAGAAAGAACCUGUGCAUCAACCCAAAGGUCGCGAAGCUGGACAGCGCACCCUUGAUUAAUGAGAGGUGUCUUGACCUGCAGAAGCCGGGGACCGCCGCAGACCACAAGUGCCCGUUUCUUCCUACCAAGGAAACAGAACAUGUUGUCAAUGACUUCAGAGACCAUGCUCUCGCUCAGAUCCGGGACAUUGAAGAUCUAGGUGCUAUCGGGAAGAAGUUGGGCAUCUGUCCGUACUACGCUUCCCGUUCAGCAGUGAAGCCAAGCGAGAUUGUUACUCUACCGUACCCUCUGCUAUUACAAAAGUCCGCGCGCGAGGCACUAGACAUUAACAUGAAGAACCACAUCGUCAUCAUCGACGAGGCGCACAACCUCAUGGAUGCCAUCACGGGCAUCUACUCCGUGUCCGUGUCGCUGGCGCAGCUGCAGCGCUCCCGAGCUCAGUUGACAAUCUAUCUGCAGAAGUUCCGCAACAAGCUCAAGGGCAAGAACAGGGUGUACGUCGCGCAGACGGUCCGCCUACUGGACUCUCUCAUCGGCUACCUCCAGACCAGGGUCGCAAACUCAAAGGAGCAGGAAGGCGUCGUGCAGAUCGGGGACAUGAUGACGGGCAAGGGCGUCGACCAGAUCAAUCUGUACAAGCUGGCGCGGUAUCUGCAGGAGAGCAAGCUCGCGCGCAAAGUGGACGGGUACAUUGUGCACGCCGAAGAAGAGCAGCAAAAGAACGAGAAGGGGGCGCAACAGAGCCGCGGUGGAGUGGUUUCGGCCAAGCAGACAAAAACCGCCAUGCCCGUCCUCUCGCACAUUCAAAGCUUCCUGCUCGCGCUGAUGAACCCUUCAGCCGAAGGUCGCUUCUUCUUCGCCCGCGACGACGACGAGCUGGGCACGUGUCUGAAAUACAUGCUGCUGGACCCGUCUCACCACUUCCGAGAAAUCGUGGAGGAGGCUCGCGCCGUGAUUCUCGCGGGCGGGACCAUGUCGCCAAUGAGCGACUACACAUCGCACCUCCUCCCGCACCUCCCCUCCUCACGUAUCUCCACCCUCUCCUGUGGGCACGUCAUCCCCGCCAGCAACCUCCUCGCCGUCCCCGUGACGCACGGCGCGAGCGGCGCGCCGCUGGACUUCACGUUCGGGGCGCGGAGCAGCGCGCGCACUAUCAGCGAUUUAGGCGCCGCGUUGCUGGCGUUCGUGGCCACUAUCCCGGACGGCGUCGUCGUCUUCUUCCCCAGCUACGCCUAUCUGGCCGAGUGCGUCGCUGCGUGGAAGCGGCGGGAUGCGGGGCAGGGGCGGGAGAGCAUAUGGGAGCGGCUGCAGAAAGUGAAGCCGGUUUUUAUGGAGGCGAAGGCGCAGAGCGCUGCUCCUAGCAGUGGCGGUACAAGCAAUACACCCGCCUCUACGGCUACGGCUUCCUCGGGCGCUGCUGCCGCCGCAGUGACUUCGACGGACUCGGUCCUCGCGGCGUACACCGCAGCCGUGACGACUGGCGGCGGGCGCGGCGCGCUGCUCCUUGCUGUCGUAGGCGGCACGCUCUCGGAGGGCAUCAACUUCAACGACGCGCUAGGGCGGGGCGUCAUGGUGGUGGGGCUGCCGUUUCCGAACGCGCGCAGCGCAGAGUGGGUUGCGAAGCUGGAGUACGUGAGCGAGAAAUCUGCUGCUGCUGCUGCUGCUGCCGCUGCCAAGGACAAAACUGCUGCUAAAACUGGCGGCUCCGACACAGACGCGGGCAAGGCUGCUGCCCGGGAUUUCUACGAAAACGCGUGCAUGCGCGCCGUCAACCAGUGCGUGGGGCGCGCGAUUCGGCACCGGGGCGAUUACGCGGCGAUUUUGUUGCUGGAUCGGCGGUAUGCGGGGGAGAGGGUGGCGCGGAAGUUGCCUGGGUGGAUUAGGGGGAGUUUGAGGGCUGGGAUGGGGGUUGAAGGUGUGAAGGGAGAGUUGGGGGGAUUUUUUCGGGGGAGGGGGUAGGGUGGUGGUGGUGCAAAUGAAACGGUGUUGAUUGAUUGAUUGGUAUCGAGAUGCUUGAUGGUGAUCUUCUUCUUUUUUCCCUCUUCCUUCCCUUCUUCCUUCGUUCCUCCGACGAUUGGCUGGUGAGCCUUUCUUCCCGUGAGCAGCGCCCUGACGCCCGUAAAUGCAGAUCCAACAACGCCGGUAUAUAGGUAGAUAACAGAUAACAACAACAGCAGCGUCUACGCCAUGUCGAGGUCGAAGUCGUCGAGCUGGUCGCGGUACUUGAGGAUGUUGCGCUUGAUCUUGGACGAGUCGACCCAGGUGACAAAGUCCUCGAGGUUCCUUCACAC